AUGACGGUUAAUCAAUCUACCACACUUGCUCUGCUGGCCCUGGUGGCUAGCAAUGCAGCUGCAGUGGCAGUCUCGAGCUCCUCCUCAACCUCUAACUUGGCAGCAGCACCGACGGGGACCUCCUACGCAUCUGGGUUUGAUAUGACGACUAGCUGGGGGAACCUGAGUCCCUAUUCUGACGCUCCAGGGUUUGAUGCUUCCAAGGGGUACCCCAUUGGAUGCGAGCUGUCGCAGGUGCACGUUCUCCAUCGCCACGCACAGAGAUAUCCCAGUUCCUGGCCUACCGAUGGCGGCGGUAUGGAAAAAUUCGCUCACAAAAUUGCCAAUUAUUCCAAAAGGUCAGAUGGCAAAGUAGGCUCGGGGCCACUGGCAUUCCUCAAUGAUUGGGAGUACAUGCUGGGCGAGAAUCUACUAUUAGCUACUGGCGCUGCCACGGAAGCGACCGCAGGUGCCCUAUUUUGGAGUAUGUAUGGUCGUCUACUGUACCAUGCCGGUCCUGGCAAGGCUGUCUAUGACUCCUCGAUGAAUGUGUAUUACAAUGGCACUGCUCGCCCCAAGCCAACCUUCCGCACCACUUCAUAUCCGCGGAUCUUGGAAAGCGCUCGCUGGUGGUUGAGCGGAUUCUUUGGAAACACUGGCGCCAAUAGCUCGUACGCAGAGUAUGAUCUAACGAUCAUCCCGGAAGAGAAAAAUUUCAACAACACUCUCUCAUCGACGUCGGCAUGCACCAAUGGGUCUGAUGUUGGAGAUUAUGCUCUAGAGGAUUACCUUCCCUCUUUAACCACCGCCGCUCACGAUCGCUUCUCCAAGUUUCUGCCUCAUGAUUUCAACCUGACUUCCAUGGACGUCUACGCCAUGUUCAGCAUGUGCCCCUACGAGUACGCGACUCUAGGCCGCUCGUCCUUCUGUUCCCUCUUCACCGAGCAAGAAUGGAAAGACUUUGAAUAUGCCAUCGACUUGAGUUUCUAUGCCAACUUCGGCUACGGUGCACCCAGUGGACGUGCCCAGGGUAUCGGUUACGUCCAGGAGUUAGCCGCCCGCUUGCAAUCCCGCCUGAUCAUGAGCAGCGAUAGCAGCAUCAACUAUACCUACGACGACAAUACCAGGGAUUUCCCUCUUGGUCAACCGUUCUAUAUGGACAUGUCCCAUGAUAACGUUAUCAUCGCCGUACUAUCUGCUCUGGGACUGGACUACUUCAAGGCAGGCCCCCAUGGCCUACCGACUACUGUUCCACAUGCUCCUCCCCACAACUUCAACGCUAAAGAAGUCAGUCCAUUCGGUGCACGCUUGUUCACCGAAGUCUGGACUUGUCCAAAGGAUGUCUCAUUUGACCAACUUCAGGAGCAAAUGUAUAAAAAUCCAGAUCUAUCGUCCCAGGCAGAGACGACCGAUUAUAUUAGAUUCGUGCUGAAUAAUGCCCCAGUGUCGGCAAAGGGAUUGUGCAAUGGUGCUGUGAAUGGGUUCUGCCGAAUGGAGGAAUUCUUGAAAAAGGCGCCGGGCUUGGAUAAGGAGGCAAUGUAUCAGGAGGCCUGCUUUGGUGAUUACAACAUUACAUCGCAGGUUGCUAAUGGGCAGCCCAUUCAGUGA